AUGCUGUCCCCCUCAAAGCUGUGCGCAGCGGCGGUCGUGCUCUCGCAGCCGCCGGUGGUAGCCUGCGCCGCAGCUCGCCCGGCGGCCGCGCGCGUGCUGCACCUCGCGCGCUGCGUGCCGCCGAGCCUCCAGCAGCAGCAGCAGCACCAGCAAACACAGCAGCAUGGGCUCGAGGAGACGGCUCGGCCACACAUGCCCCCAGCGGCGCUCCUCAAGUCGUGCGUGUUGGCCGCCCCCUUGAGCACCAGCAGCAGCGACGCCUGCGGCGACGUCGUCGCCCCGGGUCCCCUGCUGCCCCCGCUCGCCGCGGCUGCGGCUGCCGCGGCGCCUGCCCCUCGCGCCGUGCCGGCGGCUCUCCGUGGUGGCGGCGUUGGCGCGGACGCCUUGGACCGCGGCAGCAGCGAAUCCGACGAGGCCUCAAUGCUGCUCGCAACGAGUGGCGCCACCGCGGCCGGCCCGCACCACCACCCCCACGCGCUCACCCCCCACAAAGCGGCCGCCGCCGCCGCAUUGGCCACCCCCGCGCCGAGCCCCGACGCGUACACCGGGCCCCCGAGGGUUCCUGCCUACGAGGACGAGCCGCUGUCGCUGUCGUGGGUGCGGUCGCUGCCAGAGGUGGCGGGGCUGGGCGGCGGCGAGUGCGGGGCCGACGCGCGCGUGGGGCGCAUCCACGUUGUGAUGGGCCCCAUGUUUGCCGGCAA